AUGUCAAAUAAGGAGGUGAAGGCAGCCUUAAAGAGUGCUAGAGAAGCAAUAAGAAAUAAAGAAUAUAAAGAAGCCUUGAAACAUUGCAAGGCAGUCUUGAAGCAAGAAAAAAAUAACUACAAUGCUUGGGUAUUUAUUGGCGUGGCAGCUGCUGAGUUAGAACAGCCCAAUCAGGCUGAAGGAGCAUAUAAGAAGGCUAUUGAACUUGAACCAAACCAGUUACUGGCAUGGCAGGGAUUAGCGAAUUUGUAUGAGAAAUACAACCAAACAGAUGUCAAAGGAGACUUAGCAGAUGUUUACCAAAAGCUCUUGGAACUCUAUGCAAGUGGUGACAAGCAGAAAUGGUGUGAUGUAUGUAACAAGCUUGUGGAGCUGUAUCAUCAAGAAAAGAAAUACAUAGAGGUGGCUGAAACAUGGCAGAAACUAAUAGAAAUGAAGCAGAAGGAAGGUGCAGAAAAUGCAGAGCUCCAUCAGCUUUGGAAAAAGAUGAUCCAGUUACUGAAAGACAGUACACAGUACCAGGAUAAGAAGACUGAGCAGUUGCUUUUGACUGCAUUUGAACAUGCUCUGAACUCUUUUGAGACCAUUCCUGGUGAAGACCACCAAAACCUUUACAAGGACUUCAUUCAGUGCUUGUCAAAAUUUCCUCAUGAAGCAGCUAGGUUGGAAAAAGCCUGUAAUGAUAUGAUGGCUUUGUAUCCUUCUGUGAGUUAUCCUUUAGAAGUACUUUGCUUACAUUUUGUUCAUUCAGGUACUUUGUCAGAAGAGGCCCUGUGCUGUUUUACUAGGCUUUUGGAGAUGGACCCAAGUAGUGGUCCAGGCAUCAUCGGUUUUGGUGUAAAAAGCCUCCAAGAAAAGCAAUACAAGGAGGCUGUUAAGAGUCUUACUGAAGGUUUGCAGAAGACAUGCCAGUGUCCAGCGGCAUGGCAUUUUUUGGCAGACGCACAGAUGAAACUUCACAAACACAGAGAUGCUGUCCUGUCCUGCAAUCAAGCUCUCAAGGCUCUUGGAACUUCUGAGGGCCCUAGUCUUCAGUGGAAGAACCUUACACUCCAGUUGAAAGCAGAGGCUUUGAUUAAAAUAGCUGAUGCCAAUGCUGCAGAAGAAGCCAUUAAAGCAAUUGAGCAGAUUGUGGAUGCAAGCAGCGAUCCAGUGGUUUUAGCUAUCAGAGGUCAGGCUUAUCUAAAGAAAGGUUUAAUGGAUCAAGCUUCAAAGAUUUCACAAGAGCUUCUGUUGUCCCACCCUGACGUGGCUGAGUCACAUGCUCUAGAGGGUUUCAUCUGUUAUUCCCAAAAGAACUAUGAACAAGCAGAAAGAAGUUUUCUAAAUGCUAUUGAAAGAAAGGCUGAAACUGCAGAGUAUCAUCAGUACCUGGGGCUCACGUACUGGUUCAUGAGUGAUGAGACAAGAAAAGACAAAGGAAAAGCACUCAGUCAGUUCUUGAAGGCUGCAAAACUGGACAGCUACUUGGGAAGUGUCUUUCGUUAUUUAGGUAACUACUACAGAGACAUUGCUGGAGACAAAAGUAGAGCUCGUGGUUGCUAUAAAAAGGCUUUUGAACUGGAUGGAACCGAUGAGGAAUCUGGAACAGGAGCUGUAGACUUAAGUGUGGAACUUGGAGACAUGGACACUGCUCUGUCAAUCCUGAAUGAGGUAACUGAAAGAGCAAGUCCUGGUACAGCAAAAUGGGCCUGGCUUCAUCGUGGACUUUACUACCUGAGAACUGAUCAGCCGUCACAAGCAGUGGCUGAUUUGCAGGCAGCUGUCAGGGCUGAUCCGAAGGAUUCUAACUGCUGGGAGUCUCUAGGGGAGGCUUAUUUGAACAGAGGUAGCUAUUCAACAGCUCUAAAAUCCUUCAGGAAAGCAAGUGAGCUGAACCCAGGGCUUGUGUACAGCAUUUACAAAGCUGCAGCGGUUGAGCAGAUUCUAGGCAAAUAUGAAAAUGCUAUAGCAACCUAUCAGCAAAUCUUAAAGGAUACAGAAGACUAUGUGCCUGCACUGAAAGGACUUGGUGAAUGCUAUCUGAGCUUGGCAAGAUCAGCCCUUGAUAACUUUUUUGAUAGAAAGGCUAUGGAUUACAUAGAGCAGACUCUUGAAUUUUUUACAAGGGCAACAAAGCAACGUCCUGAUGUAUCUUGCCUCUGGAAACUGCUCGGAGAUAGCUGUACUUGCAUGCAUGUUAUUUCACCAGCCAAAGUGAAUAUUCAAGUUCUAGGAUCCCUUCUGGGUAAAAAUGCAGCCACACAGAGGCUGAACAAAAGUGAGCUGCUCGUACUGGGAGGAAGGUGUUAUGGCAGAGCUUUAAAACUGAUGCCUUUGCCUAGCAUAUGGUGUGAUCUUGGAAUAAAUUAUUAUAGACAAGCAGAGCACCUCACAGCAGUGGGAUCUGACAUGAAUGAGAUCAGUGAACUGCUAGAGAAGUCUUUACAGUGUCUCAAAAAAGCUGUGAGGCUUGACAGCAAAAAUCAUCUUUAUUGGAAUGCACUUGGUGUGGUUGCUUCGUGUAGUGCUAUUGGGAAUUAUGCUCUUGCUCAACAUUCGUUCAUCAAAUCUGUUCAAGCUGAGAAAAUCAAUGUUGUUGCCUGGACCAACUUGGGAGUUUUGUAUCUGACAACUGGAAACAUUGAGCAAGCUCACGAAGCCUUCAAGAUAGCACAGUCUCUGGAGCCUUCUUAUUUAUUGUGUUGGAUUGGGCAGGCUUUUAUUGCAGAAACAGUAGACAGCUAUGAUACCAUGGAUCUCUUCAGGCACACAACUGAACUCAGUAUGCAUACUGAGGGAGUAAAAGGCUAUGCCCACUGGGUAUGUUCCACGCUACAGGAUAAAAGCAACAGAAACACUGAACUAUAUCUGUACAACAUUGUUCAGAUGAAUGCUAUUCCAGCAGCCCAGGUGGUCUUGAGCAAAUACACAGAAAGAAAUCCAGAUGAUGCAUCUGCUUUCACAAUGCUUGGUUAUUUGAAUGAGUAUCUGAAUCUAAAAAGGCAGGCAGCAGAUGCUUAUGAGAGGGCAGCUUCAUUGCUGAAAAAUUCUGGUGAUACUGAGAAAUAUAAUAUAGCAAUGCAAAACUGUGGCAGGUGUUUGUGUGCCCUUGGUGAGUGUGAUAAGGCCAUUGAGGUUUAUACAUCAAUACCCUUAACAAAGUUUGAUGGCAUUGUGGGGAUAGCAUUAGCCUACUUCAAGAAAGGACUCUUACAAGAAAGUAUCAAAGCCUAUGAAAAAGCCUUGUCUGUUGCUGAGUCUGAAGAAGAUAAAGCACAUAUCUUGACUGCCUUGGCAAUAAUAGAGUACAAACAGAAUAAAGUGGAUGCUGCAAAGACACUGCUGUUUAAAUGCUCAUUAAAGGAACCUAGUAUGGAAAGUCUGAUGGCUUUGUGCACACUAGGACUUGUAAAGGAGGAUGCUACACUUGCAACAGCAGCCCUAAAAGAAUUACUGAAGCAUGAAAAAGGAAAAGAUAAGAUCUAUGAGAGGUGCCUUAUUGCAUCUGCUGUUUAUGCAUUGCAAGGCAGAAAUGUGGGGGUCCAGAGAGAAAUCUCCAAAGCAAUACACAGAAACCCUGAUAAUCCUGCCCUCUGGUCUCUUCUGUCUCGGCUAGUUCCACUGUAUGUGCCACAAAAGACAAAAGGGGGAGCUGUAGCUGGAAAUGUUGCACAUGUACUCGAUGUAAACCAUGCAAAGGAAGUCCUGGUGAACGUUGCAGUUAAUCAGUUGGCAGCAGGACAUCACAUGUUAGAAGAUGAGAAAAACAAUCCUCUGAAAAAUAUUCAGAAGGCAAUCCACCUCUAUCCAGAUAAUCCUGCUGCCUGGGCAGUGCUCAUGGCAGCCUGUCAUGCUGAAAACACCAUUGUCUGUCUAAACAACACUCAGCCAAAGCGAACGGAUCUAGAGAUGACACUUGUAUCUACAGUUUCAGCCAAAAGUAAGCUAUAGAAGUUUUCUAAAAAUAACCUUCCACAUCAUUAUGUCCGGACUCUUGAAAACUGGUGUCUGUGUCAAGCUAUUACCAGUCUGGAGGAGACCGGUAAACUCUCAGAAGCUGAAGCCCUUUGUACCAAGGGUUUAAAAAGCUGCCCUGAGCACCCAGCUCUGUUUUUGCUUUUGAGACAAAUUCAGUGUAAGCAGCUGUUGGAGUCUCACAAAGAACUUCCAGACAACAUCCUGGAGGAGCUUCGCAAGACAGUUAUGACCAGUUCAACUUCAGUUGCAGCCUGGCAAUGGCUGGCAAAUGUGUAUCAGUCUCAACGAAUGAUGGUUGGAGCAGAGAUGUGUUACAGAAAGAGUCUGCAGUUGGCAUCACAGCAGGGCAGCUGGAACGGGAAGUUAUCCAGUCUGCUCAGGCUAGCUAUGCUUGCACUGGAAAUCUGCAUGGCUAAUGUCUCAAAUGAGCACUGGCCAUCCUUGGUUCAGGAGGCAACAACUGAAGCUUUGAAACUUUCCUCUUGUCCCCUGGCAGCUCUCCUACAAGCACUGCUACAAUAUAAUCGCAAAAUGGGAGCAAGGGAGACUCGUCGAAUGUUGGAGAGACUGGUUUAUCAGCCUGGGAAUCCGGAAACCAUAGUGUCAGUGGCACGCUGGUACCUCCUGCAACAUCUGUAUGCCAAAGAUGAUCAAGAAUUAAUAGAUGUGCUUGUAGAAAAUGCUAAAGCCAAUGAAGAUGUUAGAGCUCUGGAACUAAAUGAGAAAUUGUCAGCAAGUGCCUAGUAUGGACUAUAUC